UCUUUAUUCCUUUUCAUAAUUUUACGUAUUAUUCUUCACAUCAUAUUUCGUCUAUGUUGAAUUUUUUUCAGUGCAAGUGUCUGUCUUUGCUGUAUCGCCAUCGAAUUGAUUUAGGCAGUGAAAAUUUUUUCAGAUAAUUUUCCUCCGCACAAACUCCAUUAGUACGUAAUUUAAAAUAGACCAAUUUUAAGUGAAUAAUCAUAAUUCAAAUUUUGCUGUGUAAUAAAAUAAAAAAUUCGAUAAGAUGUCCGAGUACUGGCUCAUCUCUGCACCUGGCGAUAAGACCUGCCAGCAAACAUUCGAUACCAUGAAUAGUUUAACUAAUAAACAAAAUAAUUUGUGCAAUAACUUCAAAUUUCAUAUACCCGAUCUUAAGGUUGGUACCUUAGAUCAACUUGUCGGUUUAUCCGAUGAUUUGGGUAAGUUGGAUAGUUACGUUGAACAAAUUACGCGUAAAGUAGCUGCCUACUUGGGAGAAGUGCUGGAGGAUCAACGCGAUAAAUUGCAUGAGAAUUUACUCGCCAAUAACAGUGAGUCAAGCAUUUAA